AACCUCUUAUUGCCAUCACCUGAUCUUUGUCUCCCCCUUCUCUCUCUCUCUCUCUCACUAGAAGAUAAAAGAAACACUCAUCAAGAUUCUCUCUCUCUCUAAGAUGGUCACGUGCUGUGUUGUUCUUUCCCAACGAAACCCAUCUCUCUCUUUACAAAACUCUUUCAAUUCGAAAUUCUUUCUCUGUUCCAUCCUCCUCAAAGCUACUAUUAACUCAUAAAUUAUCUCAAAGCUUCUUCUUCUCUCUUCUUCUAAUGGAGUUUCUUACCCAAAACAAAGCUCUCUUUGAUUUCAGUUCUUUAAGUAUGAUCAACACCACCAUUGAUCAACCCAAGGCUUCACUUCGAAGCCGAUUUCUCCUUCACCUAAUCGUGUUCCUCAUCUUCUUCGUUCCUCCCAGCUCAAGCCAAGCCUGGGACGGUGUAGUGAUCACACAAGCUGAUUACCAAGGUCUUCAAGCAGUUAAGCAAGAGCUGAUUGAUCCUAGAGGAUUCUUGAGAAGCUGGAACGGUUCUGGAUCCAGUGCUUGCUCUGGUGGCUGGUCUGGAAUCAAAUGUGCUCAAGGUCAAGUCAUUGUGAUUCAACUUCCAUGGAAGAGUCUUGGAGGUAGGAUCUCUGAGAAAAUAGGACAGCUUCAAGCUCUUCGUAAGCUUAGUCUUCACGACAACAAUCUUGGAGGUUCGAUUCCAAUGUCAUUGGGACUCAUUCCUAAUCUCAGAGGAGUCCAGCUUUUUAACAACCGUCUCACUGGCUCUAUACCUGCUUCUCUCGGUGUUUCACGUUUCCUUCAAACGCUUGAUCUCAGCCAUAACUUGCUCUCUGAGAUUAUCCCACCGAAUCUUGCUGAUUCUUCUAAGCUUCUUAGGCUUAACCUCAGUUUCAAUUCACUCUCUGGUCAGAUCCCAGUGAGUCUCUCUCGUUCUUCUUCUCUUCAGUUUCUUGCUCUUGACCAUAACAACCUCUCUGGUCCUAUCUUAGAUACUUGGGGUAGUAAGUCUCUUAGUCUUCGUGUCUUAUCUCUUGAUCACAACUCUCUCUCUGGUCCAUUCCCAUAUUCACUCUGCAACCUAACUCAGCUGCAAGAGUUUUCCUUUAGUCAUAAUAGGAUCCGUGGAACCCUACCUUCAGAGAUUAGCAAACUCACUAAGCUUAGAACAAUGGAUAUUAGCAGUAACAGUAUAGGUGGCAAGAUCCCUGAAACUAUAGGAAACAUUUCUUCUCUUACACAUCUGGAUUUGUCUCAGAACAAACUUACUGGAGAGAUUCCUAUUUCGAUUUCUGAUCUGAAUAGCCUUGGCUUCUUUAAUGUCUCUUAUAACAACUUAUCGGGUCCUGUUCCUACUCCCUUGUCCCAAAAGUUCAAUGCCUCCUCUUUCGUCGGAAACUUAGAGCUUUGUGGAUACAGCGUUUCAACGCCAUGUCCAACUCUUCCCUCACCGUCUCCUGAAAAAGAAAAGAAAUCAUCUCACAGGAAUCUGAGUACCAAAGACAUCAUCCUCAUUGCUUCUGGAGCACUCCUCAUAGUCAUGCUUAUCCUUGUAUGUGUUCUAUGUUGCUUGCUGAGGAAGAAAGUCAAUGAAACAAAACCUAAGGGCGGAGAGGCUGGACCUGGAGCUGCAGCCGCGAAGACCGAGAAAGGAGGGGAAGCUGAAGCUGGAGGUGAAAACGGAGGGAAGCUGGUUCAUUUUGAUGGGCCAAUGGCGUUUACUGCAGAUGAUCUUCUGUGUGCAACAGCAGAGAUUAUGGGAAAAAGCACUUAUGGAACAGUUUACAAAGCUACACUUGAAGAUGGAAGUCAAGUUGCAGUGAAGAGAUUGAGAGAAAAGAUCACCAAAAGCCAGAAAGAGUUUGAGAAUGAGAUUAAUGUAUUGGGAAGAAUCCGGCAUCCGAACCUCCUUGCACUUAGGGCUUACUACUUAGGCCCCAAGGGAGAGAAGCUUGUUGUCUUCGAUUACAUGUCUAGAGGAAGUCUAGCCACAUUCCUCCAUGCAAGAGGACCAGAUGUUCAUAUCAAUUGGCCUAUAAGGAUGAGUUUAAUAAAGGGAAUGGCUCGUGGCUUGUUCUACCUUCACACGCACGCAAAUAUCAUCCACGGAAACUUAACAUCAAGCAAUGUACUUUUGGAUGAGAACAUCAACGCCAAGAUCUCAGAUUACGGUCUUUCAAGGCUAAUGACAGCAGCAGCAGGAUCAAGCGUGAUUGCAACAGCUGGUGCGUUAGGUUACAGAGCACCUGAGCUCUCUAAGCUGAAGAAAGCCAACACGAAAACCGAUGUGUACAGCCUCGGUGUGAUCAUAUUGGAGCUUUUGACAGGUAAAUCACCGAGCGAGGCCUUAAACGGUGUGGAUUUGCCUCAAUGGGUUGCAACAGCGGUUAAAGAAGAGUGGACUAAUGAGGUUUUCGAUUUGGAGCUGUUGAAUGAUGUGAACACAAUGGGUGAUGAGAUUUUGAAUACACUGAAACUGGCAUUGCAUUGUGUUGAUCCAACACCAUCAACAAGACCUGAAGCUCAACAAGUCAUGACACAACUCGGAGAGAUCAGACCUGAAGAGACAACAACAACAACAUCUGAACCGUCGUUGAUUGAUGUUCCUGAAGCUUCUGCUUCUACAAGCCAAUAGAAAGAAAGAGUGGAGAUUUUUGGUAGUUAUUGGAAUGUUGUAAUAGUAGAGAUUUUGCAAUUCUUUAAUUCUUCCAAGUAGUUUGUUUUUUUAUUUCUUUGUUCGUUUCAGUGUUUUGAAUCAUUUGCGUCAUCAGUUUGUGUGUGUAAAUAGUGUAAACUGGCCAUGUUUCUUCUCUUUCA